AUGUUAAAAUGCGUCACCUUCAACAAUAGUCCUACAAUUUUUUUUAGCAAAAAAGAAGAACCGCCUUUAGCCGUUAAAGAUAGAUUUAAAAUUUUACUGGCAGUACAUUAUCGGGGAAUUAUAUGUAUAAUAGUGCCUUUACUUGCGUUAGUGGUACUACUGCCGUUUCCCCCUGAACCACACCAAUGGACAGCAUAUUGUCUUAUCAUAAUGGCCAUUUUUUGGUUAUCAGAAUGUAUCCCAUUACCUGUCACGUCAUUUCUUCCGAUAAUCAUAUUUCCUCUUACCGGAGUUGCGAGUACUACGGAUGUGUGCAUGGCAUACGUUAAUGACUCAGUUUUUAUGUUUCUUGGAAGUUUGAUAUUGGCUUAUUCAGUGGAGCAAUCUGGUCUACAUAAGCGGCUUGCUUAUUGCGCCAUUCGGGCGAUUGGAUAUUCACAUCUCAAGUUACUAUCUGCAAUGUGCAUUGUUACAACAUUUGUAUCUAUGUGGAUUACAAAUACAGCAGCGACAACUAUGAUGGUUCCUAUUAAUUUUGCAGUACUGAAGGUCUUCGAAGAUCAAAAGUUAAUAAGGAUAUACGAAACAAACAGUGUUGGUGAACAAGUUGCGUCCGAUAUAACGACAUGUUACUUCUGCACUGCUACUUUUUCUGCUACAAUUGGUGGUAUUGGAACUCUAGUGGGAACGGCGACGAAUUUAGUGUUUAAAGGUUUAUUUGUAACGCAAUAUCCAAAUGCCCCGGAGCUAUUAUCAUUUCCGAAGUUUUCUGCGUUCGGUGUUCCAUACAUGAUUUUAUUGGAUAUUUUUAUGUUGCUGUAUAUGUGUGUAGUGUACAUAGGAGUGCUGCGGCCAAAAAGUGAAGUAGCAAAGAAAUCAAAAAUAUCACCUGAAGGUAUGAAAGCUGCAAAAAUGGCAGUUAAUGCAGACUAUGCACGUCUAGGAAAAAUUACUUUCUGGGAAUAUAUGGUUAUUAUAUUAUUUGGCGGCGCGAUGGUGGCAUUCUUCUGUCGCUCCCCUCAACUGUUUCCAGGUUGGGGUGAUCUCAUCAACGAUUAUUUUGAGUUAAAAGAUGAGAAAUUUGUUCGUGAUUCUGCACUGGCAGCACUUGUAGCAUUUAUGAUGUUUCUUUUGCCAUCUAACCUUUCAUUUUUCAAGAACUGUAAAGCGAAGUUUUAUGAAGACUUACCAAAAACUAGGGUACCGUCUGUUCUAAAUUGGAAGAAAUUGAUCACGGAGCUGCCUUAUAGUUUUACCUUCUUACUCGGAGGAGGUUUCGCUCUUUCUGAUGCAGCUCGAAAGACUGGCCUCAAUCAAAAAAUUGGAGAAUUCUUGCAAGAACUGAAGAUCCUACCGAAUAUUAUUAUACUAUUAAUUUUAAUUAUUUUCGUUGUUUUGAUAACUAAUAUCGCUUCAAAUGUUGCCGUGUGUAACGUCCUUGCACCGAUAUCAAUGCAAUUGGCAAAAGAAAUUGGACAAAAUCCUCUCUGGUACGUCAUAGCUUCUGGGUUCUCUUCAUCCUACUGCUUCAUGUUUCCAGUUGGUACUCCUGGAAACCUCGUUGUACAGAGUGCUGCGAAAAUUCCCACCACAAAAAUGAUAAAAGCUGGUCUAGGGCCUACGCUGUCUACAAUUAUAAUAACUUGGCUAUUUGUCUACUUCUACGCUCCUAUAAUUUGGCCAGAAUUGCACUCUAUGCCUGAAUGGGCAAAAUCAUAGAUUAUCUUCGAAAAUUAACAUGCGUUUUACUGAAAAAUAUUAUUUCUUUACAUGUUUUAAGUGACAUAUUUAAGUUUAACAUUUGUUCAGACCAUCGUUGUAAUUGUUAUUUACUUUAAAUUGAUAAAUAAAAUAAUUUAAAAAUA